UUUUUUCAAAACACAUCUUAUGUUAUGAAUUUUUCUCUCACAAAAAAUUUUGUUUCAAAGAAAAUAAUAAUUAAAAUUUUCCUUGUUUAUCAUCAAAUUUUGUACAUUCAAAUGUUUCGAUGGACGAUAUAAUAAACGAUCGAAAUCAAAAUGACAUCAUCACCAUUAGCAUUACACAUAUCGAUUCCUAAUAAAUCGGUUAUCGUUCGCAAUAAUCAUUUUCAACGUUCUAUCGAUGAAAUGAUUAAUGAGAAAAAAUCCGAAAAUGAAGAAGAAAAAGAUGAGAUUAAAAUCGAAACACAAGAUGAAAAUUCACCAAUACAGAAUUCAUCAUCGAGCACCAGAAAUCUUACGAAAAAGCCAAAACGUCGUCGAAGAUUGUUUUCAGCAACCAAAACAAGACGAUCAUCGAAUAGAACUAAAACUAAUUUGAAUAAAAUUGAAAAUGAAAAUGAUGAAUCCGAAAAAAUUCUCAAAAAUAAUGAUGAUGACAAUUUGGAUACAAAAACUAUUAAUGGUGAUGAUAAAAAUGUUGAUGUAAAACGAAACAACAACCACCGACAACAAAAACAACAACCGAAUGGUGUUGAUAAACAACAAAUAAAGAAAUGUGAUAAUAUUUCAAAGCAAAAAUCAUCACAUAGGAUGACUAAACGACAACCAACUACAAUUACCACUUCUAAUAAUGUGAUUACGAAUUAUUUUCCGGUCAUUUCUCGACGAUUAUUGGCCGCUAAACUUAAAGAAGAAGAAUAUAAUCAACGUAUUAUUGAAUGUAUUGUAAAACAAACCGAUCCAUUCGACUAUUUAGCCAUUACUGAAUUUCAAUCAAAAGGAAAAGCAAUCAUUGCAAAAGAACCGAUACGAAAAGGUUCAUUUAUCUGUGAAUAUAGUGGUGAUUUGAUUGAUCUAGAUUCAGCCAAGAAACGUGAACUUGAAUACGAACAAAAUCAAGCCGGUUGUUAUAUGUAUUAUUUUAAUUGGAAUUCAACAAUCUGGUGUGUAGAUGCUACCAAACCGACUGAUCGUUUAGGUCGAUUAAUCAAUCAUUCAAGAAAAGCGCCUAAUUGUAAAACAAAAAUUUUUGAAUAUAAACAACGACCACAUUUGAUAUUUAUUGCAUUACGUGAUAUUAAUCAAGAUGAAGAAAUUCUUUAUGAUUAUGGUGAACGUGAUCCAAUGGCAAUCAAAUCACAUCCAUGGUUGACGGCUACAUAACGGAAAACAAAACCGAAUUUUUUUUUUUGUUUAUUUGUAUAUAUACAAUGUGUAUUAACUUUGAUCAUUAUAUCGUUUUUCACAUUUAAUUUUACUCGAACAAAUUUAUUUUUGUCUCC